ACACAAUUCAAGCUCCUACUUGCACAAUCGAAACGAUCUAGGAUUCUAGAUUUUGAUUAGAAUCAAUCUAGAUCUAGAUCUGUUUCUUACAGAUAAUUGUGUCAUAGUUUAGAAUCUAAUUACUUAACUUAUCUAGAGUCUAGAUCUACAUUGUAAUAAUUGAUAAAACUUCAAACAAGAACUUGACUUGAGUUUUUGGAAUUCCCUUCGCUUGAUUAUAAAUAUUUAUCAAAGUUUGAUUAAUUGGGCACAAUAUCAAAGAAAAACACUACUCUAGAAAAAAUGGUUCUUGUGGUGCAUACAAUUUUUUCCUCUUUAUAUUUCCAUCAGGCCUAUAUUUAUCUUUGCAAGUUUAUGUUUCCGUUUUAGUUUACUAUAGGCCACUCAAAACAUAAUUUAUGAAUGUUCCCAGUAAACUUAGCAAGAUGCCAUCGAUCAUGCCUUAUGCAGUGCCCUACCAGAACCAGUUACAGUUCAAUUUGGGGGUACCUGUGACUACAGGAAACCUAGCCGUUCAAUUUAGGCAUCCAGCCCCCAUCAUUGUGGAGAGAAACUGUGGCCAAAAUGGGCUGCCCAUUAAAGUGCCAUCAGCAGCUGGGUCAGCGCCCAGCCAAUCAGCUGUCAACUUCUCCUGUCUGUCUGAAGAAAAGAUGGCCGUCAUGUCUCAGCUGGCCAGACGAGAUUUAAAAAACAGAAAUUUGCAAAAGACAAGUCAGCCUCCCAGUCCUGAAUGUGUGCAGCACCUUGUACCCAGACCUCAGCAGCCUUGCACCCGCUCACAUGUCCACAAGACACGAGGAUUGAACAAACCUCGGCACCCACUAACUGUGAAAGAAAAAAAUGGUGUCUUUGGUGCGGUGCAGACACCGCCUCCAGUCAAGCCAACAACACAUUAUUUAAAAGAUGAGACAUCUUUCCUUUCAACCAAAAAUGUUUCCCUCAACACUAGCAAAGACUCGGACAUGUUUUUCCCAGCCAAAAUUCUACCAGCAGGAGUUAGCUCCCUGCCCCAAGAUGAGAUCAGCAAGAUACAAGGAGAAAUGUUGACAUUGCUUCAAGUGCUGCAAACUGUCCAAGAGAGGGCACUCUCUGAGCACAGCCUGGCAUUCCUGCGUCUGCCAGUCAGGUUGAAAGAGAAAGCCGGCUACCUGCCGGAGGAGGAGAACCUGGAGCGUGCACUGGUCAGGCUGGAGGAGCAGAGGGUCAGGUCAGCCCGCAAUGUUUACAACCUCAAGCAAAAAGUUGGGCAGCUGCAGAAGGAGGCGGCCUCUCAUGUCAACAAACCACUGAAACAGCAGCUGCUGAGUGCCCAUCUGAUGACAAACCACCGCAUAGCUCUGAAAUGUUUACAAGCUUUUGUCAAGCACCUGCCAUUCCAUGAGCUGGAGCGCGGUCUCCCUGCUGUCUACCACGACCUGGCAUCUGUCAUACAACAACUGGCGGCACUAUCUGCUGUCAGCAGACAAGAAGACUCUCACACUCACAGGCAGUUGGCAGCCAUCUUGGAUCACAUUCAAAACUUAAACAGCCAGUGGUGUAGACAGCUGAAGACUCAGCCAAGCCAAGAUAGGAAGGUCAAGGAUUGGGUCAGUGACACAAAGCUGGAGCAGAAUUUGUUGCUGAACAAAAACAAAGUCAGCUUUGGAUUUGUUCCUAGACCCACGGCGCAGCGGAAAAAACAGCGCAGAGGUGCUGGCAAAGAAAAUAAAUUGGCUGCCUCAGAUGAGAGAAAGUCACAGCUUCAGAAAGGAAUUGCAUACCUGCUGCAAAAUAAAAGCACAGGAGAUGGCAUAUCUUAUCAAGAAAAACUUGGCAAGCCUGCAUUUGAAAAGGUACAGGUGGGCAGCAGCUGGGAUGAUUUGACCAAACACUACUUGACUUCCACUGUGGCUACCAGGUCAAAAACAGCACAGAGGUCAAGUUCUGCCCCCAGCUCUCCAGAUAGGAAAAAGGAAGUGAACUUUGACCUGCAUAGAUCUCCUUCCCCACCAGCUUUCAGAGUAUCAACACCUUUCUAUGUGGGGGACAUGACAACAGCAGAUGUCAGAGAACAUUUUCCAGUGGGACUGUCAAAGUCAGGUGUCAGCAAACUCCAGCCUAGUUUCUCACAUGAUACCCCUGCAUCCAAUCAAAGGUCACUUUCUGAAGGUCACAGGCUCAGAUCAGCUGAUGUAUCCAAUUCUUUCAUUGAUGAAGUAGAGCAUCGCUUACUCCAGAGGUUAAAGGUCAAGCCAGGUCAAGGACAGCAAAAGAUAGUGAGCCAAGGUUUACAGUCUGAUGACCCAGCUAUACCAACUAGGUCAAAGGUUAAGGUCACAGAUGAUGAAAUCAAAUCAGCAGCGGUGACAUUAAUGGAUGCCCCAACCUUAGAGAACAUCAGCCUGAGGCUAACAGAGAUGCAGCGUGAAGAACAGGAGAUAAGAAAGCGCUGGUCAACUCUCAAGUUUAUCAAGCCCAGAGCCAAGAUGUCCAAUGAACCUCCACACCAGCCCCCUGCCAUUGAGGUAGCUCGACUUCCCCAACCUACUGUCAGCGAGGUCCCAAACUGGCCAGUAGAACCAGUUAUCUUCACCAACUGCCUGGCCAAGCCUGUGAUGAGACAGGUCCACACAAUCAGGACAGAGCCUGUACACAAAAAACAACUGGUCAGCCUGAAGCAGACCAGCGUGGAGAGGAUCAUGCAGAGUCGCAGCACGUUCCAAACUUUCCUGAGGAAAAGGUCCCAUCACCCAACUGGUCGCUUUGACCCGUGGAAACUUGUUGAACAAGUUGCUGAUGAGAUCCUCCAGGAAUGUCUACAAGAUGUGGCCAGCGAGGUGGAGAGUGUCAAUGAAGACAUCGCUAGUCACAUGUUCCAGACAGAGUUCAAGGUGGACCCGAACCAGUUUCCAGGUCAUGGUCAGCAGGUAGGGGUCAAAGAUCACACAGUAACGUUUGCGACUGACAUGCAGGAUGUCAGAUGGAACUCUCUAGGGGACCUGGGGGUGGAGCCAACACUGAUGGGGGUGGAGCCAACUCUAAUGAGGCUGGUCCCCUCCUCUUCCAGAGAUUCCUCCCCUGAGCCAGGUGUGUCUCACAGACAAGACUCUCCAUCAGCAUGCCAGCAAUCUUCUGCUGACCACAGUAGGAGUGAGGGCAAGAGUGACCACAGUAGGAGUGACCACAGUAGGAGUGAGGGCAAGAGUGACCACAGUAGGAGUGAGGGCAAGAGUGACCACAGUAGGAGUGAGGGCAAGAGUGACCACAGUAGGAGUGACCACAGUAGGAGUGAGGGCAAGAGUGACCACAGUAGGAGUGAGGGCAAGAGUGACCACAGUAGGAGUGAGGGCAAGAGUGACCACAGUAGGAGUGAGGGCAAGAGUGACCACAGUAGGAGUGAGGGCAAGAGUGACCACAGUAGGAGUGAGGGCAAGAGUGACCACAGUAGGAGUGAGGGCAAGAGUGACCACAGUAGGAGUGAGGGCAAGAGUGACCACAGUAGGAGUGAGGGCAAGAGUGACCACAGUAGGAGUGAGGGCAAGAGUGACCACAGUAGGAGUGACCACAGUAGGAGUGAGGGCAAGAGUGACCACAGUAGGAGUGAGGGCAAGAGUGACCACAGUAGGAGUGAGGGCAAGAGUGACCACAGUAGGAGUGAGGGCAAGAGUGACCACAGUAGGAGUGAGGGCAAGAGUGACCACAGUAGGAGUGAGGCAAGUUACCCCCUGGCGAGUCAAGUAAAAGAGAACAGUGAUGACAGCUUUGAGAGAGGGAGCAAAGAUGAAGAGAAAUAUUCAGAUGAUGGUUUUGAAGAAACUGACGAUGAUUCUGCUAAUUAGUGACAUUAAUAAAAUGGGGACUUUUAUUCAGAUAUGUAACUUUGUAUUUUCUCUUGAAAUAAAUUCUCCUGCAAGUGCUGACAUGAUCACAUAACUGGAGUAAGUUUUUGAUUUGAUCUUUAGGUCACCACAGUCUUGGCAUUUGUUUGUCUAUAAAAUGUGUUAGUUACAUCUAGAUUUAAAGUUUGAUGGUGAAAGUGUCUGCAGAAAAAAAUGCCUGCCCUGAUCUAUUCUUGUAUUGAUCAGCUGGGACAGUCAACUGGGUCGAACAGAUUUUAACUGACCUCCUUAGUGCAAGUUUUUAAGUCAUCAUUUAUCCAGCAGUUCUUGGCUGAAAAUAGCAACAUCAGAGAUGGCAAUUUUUUUUUGUAUGAUUUGGAUUGUUUGGAUAAUUAAAACCUAUAAUUGUUUGCAGCCAGGCCACUUAACACAAUGGGACAAGACAAAUUACAUUCCUGAACAUACAGACUGAUUCAUCUUAAUUUGGAAUGUGAUCAUUUUGAUGCACAACUUUUUAUUUCCACAUUAAAUGUUUUUUUUUAAAAUGUAUAACUUUUUAUACAACUAAUCUGAUAAUCUAAUUAUAUCAUUUUUAUAAAGUGGUUGAGCUUUUAUAAAAUGACUGAAUGCUAAACUAGAAUUAAACAUGUAUGUGUCUAACUUAUAGAUGUAGCCACUACUUUAAAUUGCUAUCUAAAUGGAAAUCAUUAUACUGCAGGAAAAGAAUUAUUUUUGCUAUCAGAAACAGUAGCCCUUAAAACAUUUAUGCUCUCUGAAAAUUAUUUGACCAGCAUGCGUCUACAGUACAGUGAUCUGUGUCCGAGGCUUAUAUUUGCUGGCAGUGCAAACAAGAUAAAAGGUUAGGAAAAUUGUAUAGGAACUGAUGACAGUAGAUUACAUCUCAUUAAGUCGAUCUGUUUGAAGUUUAUUUUAGGAAUUAAUUGUCAAGCGUAGUGCAUUUAUAUAUCAGUUUGGUUUCAUAAACAAACGUAAGAGUUCAUGGGCAUAGCUUAUAUUAAAAUAAAUUAACAUGUAAAAUGGAUAUAAUUUCUAUAAUUUAAAAGAAACGUUUAAAAGAGAUAUUGUGUAUUAAAUUGCAAACAGAUUUAUUGUAUAAUAUUAAUUAGUUUAUAUUUUAUUUUGUAAGAUGUAAUGAAAUGUGUAUGGAGCUGGAGAAAUUAUUUUCUUAGUUUCGCUGACCCUGAAUCCUUUUAUUAAAUUAAAUUUAACAUGGAUU